AAAUAAAUAAAUUGCCCAUUACCUUUUCUCUCUCUCUCUCUCUCUCCGUCUUUCUGAGUUGCGGUAGGUGGAUACGGUACUUCCAUAUUCGCUCCCUAUAAAUUACGCCUUACAAGCACUUGUCCAUUCCAAACAAGCCACAACCCAUACGCCACUUGUAUUCUCUUUGAUCUCUCUCAACCACCAAAGAAAACAAAACUGAAACAACCAUAUCCCCCAUCUCUCCGGAGACAACAAUCACAGCAACAUGCCGGCUGACAGCUCUUCACUCUCCGGUCAUGGCCAAACUGUUUGCGUCACCGGCGCCGGUGGUUUCAUCGCUUCAUGGAUCGUAAAACUUCUUCUCGAGAAAGGUUAUACUGUCAAAGGAACUGUCAGGAAUCCAGAGGAUCCGAAAAAUGCUCAUUUGAGAGAGCUUGAAGGUGCUAAGGAGAGAUUAAAGCUAUGCAAAGCUGAUCUUCUUGACUAUGAAGGACUUAGAGAGGCCAUUAUGGGAUGUGAUGGCGUUUUCCAUACUGCUUCUCCUGUUACUGAUGAUCCUGAACAAAUGGUGGAGCCAGCAGUGAAUGGGACUAAAAAUGUGAUCAUUGCCGCAGCAGAGGCAAAAAUUAGGCGAGUGGUAUUUACGUCAUCAAUUGGUGCUGUUUACAUGGAUCCCAAUAGGAACCCUGAUGCAAUUGUUGAUGAAUCUUGCUGGAGCGAUCUCGAGUUUUGCAAGAACACUAAGAACUGGUACUGCUAUGGAAAGGCUGUGGCAGAGCAGGCAGCAUGGGAAGUGGCCAAGGAGAAAGGGGCGGACCUAGUGGUGGUGAACCCAGUUCUGGUGCUUGGACCACUGCUGCAAUCCACUGUCAAUGCAAGCAUUAUUCACAUCCUUAAGUACCUAACUGGCUCAGCCAAGACUUAUGCCAAUUCCGUUCAAGCUUAUGUGCAUGUUAAGGAUGUUGCAGUUGCCCACAUUCUUGUUUACGAGACACCCUCGGCCUCUGGCCGAUACCUCUGUGCUGAGAGCGUCCUCCACCGUGGAGACGUGGUGGAAAUUCUUGCUAAGUUCUUUCCUGAGUAUCCUAUCCCCACAAGGUGUUCAGAUGAGAAGAAUCCAAGAGCAAAACCUUACAAGUUCUCUAACCAAAAGCUGAAGGACCUUGGCAUGGAAUUUACUCCAGUGAAGCAAUGCCUAUAUGAAACUGUUAAAAGCUUGCAAGAAAGGGGUCACCUUCCAAUCCCAGAACAGCCUGAAGACUCUGUUAGGAUUCAAUCCUAAGAAGGUUGGAUUUAGCUACCACAAGUUAGGGAACAGGUCCACAACCCCCUUUCCGUUAUUAAAAAAAAAUAGUGAUAACAAUGAACCUAAAAAACACAUAAGAUGUCCAAGUGUUUGCCUUUUAAUUUAAUUGAUCACAUGUUGUAAUCAUAUACCCCUAAUAUAUUAAUUUAGGGUGGUUAUUUUUAUUACUGCAUUUGCAUAAUAAAGCUCUCUUUAACUAA